CCUCGUUUGAAUUUCCAGCCCGGCCCAUGGUCCAGUACAGCCCAUAGAUAGAACCUUGUGCUAUAAAAGCUCAAACCAAACCCUACCGUAGCCCUAAUUUCAUUUUCUCCACUCUCCACUCCUCUGUGCGGCGGCUGCAGACAACGAAGCCGAGUGAGGCGGGGGCGCGGCGCCGUCUCUGCCCAUCUCCCUCCUCCCCGUCGCCUCGAGAGAUCACCACUCCCUGUCCCUCCCCAUAGUCCGUUCUCCCCUUCUUCCAUCCGCGACCAUGGAUGAGGAAGGCUUUCUCGACAGCAGCCGUCCGGCCGGCGACCCAGUUGGCGGUGGCAGCCAUAGAAGAUCGAGGUCAGGGGGCGACUGGGUCGACAAUGAGGGAGCCAUGGGGCGUGGCCACGUCCGGCCGAAUAUGGGGCUGGACUUGGGCAGCGGCUUUGGAGCUGCCGAUGCACAAGCUGGGCAAGGCUCCUCUCGUAAGAGGGUAGGCAUCGAUGCUAGAAGGAGUGAUACUGUCAACUUAGACGAUGAAGAUGAUGGUCUGAUCAGGAAUGGUUCAGCAACAAGAGAGGCACCUUUUAAAGGACUUAAGACCAACGACAUACAUCAUGUGUGGAACCAUGGCCCCAAGCACGGAGGAGGAUUUCAUUGUCGGUAUUGCAACAUGAAGAAUUCUGGAGGAGGUGCAACCCGCUUCAAAGAGCAUCUUGGCAAGAUAGUAGGUGAAGUGAAGGAGUGCCCAAAUGUUCCAAGAAAUGUGCAUGAUAUAAUGAGGAAGGCCGUGCUUGAGAUGAGGAAAAAGAAGAGGGAGAAGGAAAGUCGUAAGCUUAGAUUUGAACGUGAGUUGAUGGAUGAGAUGUACCAGAGAAAUGGUGUGAUAAAUAUUGAUGAUGAUAAAGAUGAAGAAAUCCAUAUGGCACUACGGGAGUCACUAAGAGACAGGAAUGUUCUGAAUGUAUCUCGUGCAGUUGAGAGGAGGCGUGGUAGUGGCAGUGGUGUUCGCGUUUCCCUUGGGAAACAGAGUAUCACAGCCUACUUUGACAAGCAAUUGUCGAGCAACAAAGUAUCAAUGCAACCCAAGAUCAGCACUGCUAUGGAUAGCAGCUCAAGGGAUGCUGUUGGCCAAGCUUGGGCGAAGUUUUUUCAUGCAAAUGACAUCGCUGGUCGAAAAGCUGACUGUCCAUAUUUUCAGGCUGCCAUGAAGAUCACUCAAAAUCUUGGUGCUGCUCCUAUUCCAACUGGAAAAGAGAUUGAUGGGAAGUAUUUAGACAAAAAUUAUGAAGAGUCUCGAGAGUGGCUGAAGCUAUUCAAGCAAGAUUGGAAGAACUAUGGUGUAACUGUUAUGUGUGACUCCUGGACUGGGCCUACUGGCAUGAGUCUUAUCAAUUUCAUGGUCUAUUGCAAUACACGGAUGUUCUUCCAUAAAUCCAUUGAUGCUUCUGGCCAGUCUCAAAAUUCAGAAUUUCUCUAUAGAGAGAUUAAACAGGUUGUUGUUGAAGAGAUAGGCCACGAAAAUGUAGUUCAGAUUGUUACUGAUAAUGGCUCAAAUUACAAGAAAGCUUGUAAAACUCUUGUUGAACAACCAGAAUUCAGUCAUAUUGUUUGGCAGCCAUGUGCAGCCCACACGGUUAAUCUAAUGCUUAAAGACAUAGGUAAGUUUCCUGAGGUUGAUGUGAUAGUCAAAAGUGCCAAGCAAAUCUGUAGGUUUUUUUAUAAUCACAACAACCUACAUGAUAGCAUGAGGAAGAACGUUGGUGGUGAGCUGAUUAAACCGAAUGCCACCCGGUUUGGAACUGUGUUUAUGUUCCUUGAGAGUUAUUUGGAGAAGAAAGAUAAAUUUAGGAAAUGGAUGGUGUCCGACGACUGGAAGAACAAUAUUUGGAAGAAUGAUGCGGACCAUGUGUUUGCUGAAGAGUUGCUAUCCAGUAACAUGUGGUGGACAGCCUUAGAAUGGGUUCUUGAUUUGCUUGAGCCACUCUAUGUAGCCCUCAGAUAUGCUGAUACACAAAAGAAAUGUACUCUAUCUGGUUUCAAGAAGACUAUGAUGACAGCCAUACAAAAGAUGAGUUCUCAUCUUGGUGGUGGGUCACAGAUGUUAGAUAGAGUCAUGAGCAAGGUGUCCCCGAGGAUGGAAGAUAUGCAAAAUGAGACACUAAUGGUUGCAGCUGCUGUCCUUGAUCCGUUCACACAUUAUCGGGUGAAUUUGAGCAACCUUCCAGAAUAUGCUUCUGCACUAACGGAUGUCAUCGAGAAGAUAGCAGACCCUGAGAGCGCUCUUUUGGCUAUCAAUGAAAUCAGCACUUAUAGGGAAUGUCGUGGGAGGUUUAGGCAUAGUUUGGCACGCUCUUCCGCAGAAAGAAUGGCACCAACUGAGUGGUGGUUCCAGUUUGGAGGGGAAGUUCCUAAUUUGCAGAAGUGGGCAUUGAGAAUUGUUUCACAGUGUGUCUCUUCAAGUGGCUGUGAGAGGAAUUGGACUGCUUUUGCCUUGGUCCACACGAAGCAAAGAAAUUGCCUUCUAUACUGCAAGCUUCACAAAAGUGUUUCUGUACGCUACAACCUGAAGUUACGUGCUGAAGAAGAUGAAGAUAUUGUGAAGCUGAGUUAUAGGGAGAAGGAAAUUGAUCCAUGUGCAGUGAUCAUGGAUACAGUUAUGCAUGACGAAUCAAACCCAAUGAUGGAGUGGCUGAACAAGGAUGAAGAGCAUAUAGUCCUUGAUGGAUCUGAUGCUGCUACUGCUGUGUUGGAGGAAAUACGUCGCCUUAACUCAAGGAGGAAAGCCUCUCAUCUUGGAAGGAAGGAAAUUAGCAGGAAAGGAAAGAGGGUACGUGAAGAUGAGGAGGAUGAGUUCAUUAGCAGUGAGGAUGAUGAUGAAGCGAAUGGAUCCAUGGACAUUGAUGAUGGUGAUGAUGGCCAAGAAGAGGAUGAUGAAUCUGAUGGAGAAGGGAUGAAAAUAUGGUGA